AUGAAUGAAGGUUUAAAGUUGGGGACAUUAGACAAUGGUCAAUAUUUGAGUGUUUAUCUCAAGGAGGUGCUACCUAGUAGCCUGCAUGAUGCAGCCAGUGAUCAAAUUCUGCCAGUUAUAGUUAUAGUCCAAGAAGGAUUUAAGGUGGAACAGAAAGGAUGCAUUUUUCGCAAUGAGGACCAUUUUUAUGUUAAUGAGUUUGGCUGGAAAUUAAACCCUAACGCUGGAAAAGCAGAUGACAAUUUUGAAUCCAAAUCGGGCGAAUCGAAGUUGCACCCCAACUCAAAGCACGCCCGGAGCUCUUCCGGAUUCGUCUUCGGCACCUUUUCCAACCUUGAAUACCUCUCGGUUUUGGGUAACGAGCUCACCGGGUAUAUUCCCCGCUAG